AUGUCCGUUGCUACUAUGCUCCAACCGGCCUCGAGAACUUCUAGAACUUCUACUUCUUCGUCUUCGUCUUUCCAACCCGUCACUCGUCAAAACACCAUGUCUUCUCACGAUACGCGGUCUUUCCGCCAAUCCAAGCGGUUGUCCGUCACUGCGCUAUACUUGUCUAUGUCCGCAAAGGACAAAGACUUGGAAAUUUCAGAUGAUCUCGCCAGAGCACAAAAACACCUGCGGGAGUUGAAGAGCAAGAUCUCGUCGCAGUCCAAGAAGAACUUCGUCCUGGAAAAGGAUGUCCGAUAUCUGGACUCGCGGAUAGCUUUGUUGAUUCAGAAUCGCAUGGCUCUCGAAGAACAAAAUGAGGUCGCUAGCCAUCUCGAAGAUGCGAUUGAUCCCCAAGAGGGCUUCUUCCCCAACGACGAAAAGACCCAGAAAUACGGCAACCUCCUUUUCCUCCUUCAGUCCGAGCCCCGUCACAUCGCCCACCUAUGUCGACUAGUCUCCAUGUCCGAAAUUGAUUCUCUCCUCCAAACCGUCAUGUUUACAAUCUACGGAAACCAGUACGAGAGCCGCGAAGAACACCUGCUGCUUACCAUGUUCCAAUCCGUCCUGACAUACCAAUUCGACAACACCCCGGAAUACUCGUCGCUUCUGCGCCAAAACACCCCCGUGUCUCGGAUGAUGACCACAUACACUCGCCGAGGUCCCGGUCAAAGCUAUUUGAAGCAGGUUCUGGCCGACCGGAUUAACGGGUUGAUCGAAUUGAAGGACGUGGAUCUGGAAAUCAACCCGUUGAAGGUAUACGAGUCCAUGAUUAAGGAUUUGGAGGAGAAGGGUACAUUGCCGGAUGACCUGGCCAGAUCCGUCACCGCUGAGACUGCCGCCGAGAACAAGCAGGUGCAGGCCAUCAUUGAACCUCGACUGCAGAUGUUGACCAAAAUCGCCAAUGGAUUCAUCUCAACUAUCAUCAACUCCGUGGAUGAGGCCCCUUACGGUAUCAGGUGGAUCUGUAAGCAGAUUCGGAGCUUGUCCCGCCGCAAGUACCCCGACGCCCAAGAUCAGACCAUCUGUACGCUGAUCGGUGGCUUUUUCUUCCUGCGCUUCAUCAACCCGGCGAUUGUCACCCCGCGUUCGUACAUGCUUAUUGAUGCGACACCCACGGACAAGCCGCGCCGUACACUGACCCUGAUUGCAAAGAUGCUGCAGAACCUGGCCAACAAGCCUUCCUACGCCAAAGAGCCGUACAUGGCCAAGCUCCAGCCUUUCAUCCAGCAGAACAAGGAGCGGGUCAACAAGUUCAUGCUUGACCUGUGUGAAGUGCAGGACUUUUACGAAAGUCUGGAGAUGGACAACUACGUGGCACUCUCCAAGCGCGACCUUGAACUGCAGAUCACUCUCAACGAAAUGUAUGCCACCCAUGCCUUGCUGGAUAAGCACAGUGAAGUGCUGGCCCAGGAUCAGCACUCGCACCUCUAUGAACUCCUGCAGGAAUUGGGCAGUGCACCCCCUCAAGUUCCACGCAAGGAGAACCGGACCAUCCAUGUGCCCCUAUUCAGCCGGUGGGAAACCGCCUUGGAUGACUUGACGUCUGCCUUGGAUAUCACUCAGGAGGAAGUGUUCUUCAUGGAGGCCAAAUCGACCUUUGUCCAAAUUCUACGGUCUUUGCCACCCAAUUCGUCGGUCGCCCGUCGACCUCUGCGUCUCGAUCGCAUCGCAGAAGCCGCGGCCACCCUGAAGAACGAUGCUCUUAUGGUGCGCAAGGGCAUUCGCACCAUGGAGCUGUUGAGUCAGCUCCAGGAGAUGGGAGUUAUUGACCGGACCGACGAAUUCCGUCUGCUCCGCGAUGAGGUGGAGCAGGAAUUGGUGCACCUGGGCUCCUUGAAGGAGAAAGUCCUCGAUGAGACAAAGAAGCUUGACGAGGUCUUUUCGACCAUCCGCGACCACAAUGCGUACUUGGUGGGCCAGUUGGAGACCUACAAGUCUUAUCUGCACAACGUCCGCAGCCAGUCCGAGGGCAAGCAAAGAAAGCAGCAAAAGCACCAAGAGCUUGGACCCUAUAAAUUUACCCACCAGCAAUUGGAAAAGGAGGGUGUUAUCCGGAAGAGUAAUGUUCCGGAAAAUCGGCGAGCCAAUAUAUACUUCAUGUUCAAGAGCCCCUUGCCUGGGACUUUUGUUAUCAGUCUUCAUUACAAAGGCCGUGCUCGGGGUCUUUUGGAGCUUGAUCUCAAGCUCGAUGACUUGCUGGAAAUGCAAAAGGACAGCCUCGAGGAUCUCGACCUCGAAUACGUCCAAUUCAAUGUGACCAAGGUGCUAUCGCUCCUGAACAAGCGUUUUGCCCGGAAGAAGGGCUGGUAA